AUGAAAUCGACAUUGUCAGCAAUGAUUGAAACAUGUGAUACAACUGAUUCAGAUACAAUAGUGAUGGUUGUAACUCGUUUUGGCACAUCUGAUAAACUAGUUCAUCUUACUCAACAACAACAACUUGAUCUUAUUCCUUAUUUAUCUGUUCUCGUAGCACACAAAAAUGAUUUUUCAUCAAUUGAAAACGAAAAUGGUGAAUAUGUACUGAGUCAUUCAAUUGAAUAUACUUGGUUUACGCCUAUUUUUCAUUCAAUUACGUCCAAAAAACCAUACACAUUACUUGAGAAACUCUCAGAAGAUAAUAAUGCAUUGGUCGCACUUCAACUGUUUGAUUAUCUUGAUAUCAAUUCAUUUCCUUUGCCUCUUCUAAAAUAUGAAGAUUUAGUCCGAUCAAGUCCUAAUAAUAUUGAGAAUGAUAGAAAAACGUCUUGA